AACGGCGCUACGGGUUUUCUCCGGCGGGCCACGGCGCCCCCUGCCGGGGAGCGGCGCUCACUCCCGCACCGACAUGGCUGCUGCUGUCAGGAUGAGGACGUGGAGCUGUCCGACCAGAGACGUUCUCUACCCCUGGGCUGCGCUUUUUUUUGUUCUACUCAGCACCAUAGACGCAGUUGACGCAGCACCCGAGACUGGCCUUUGGAAAAUCACAGUUGUGAAUACCUCAAGACCACUGCUGUUAAGAAAAUCCAUGUAUAAAGACACAGACAUUGAAUUGAAAGUCGUGCGUUUUGGCUGUCCUGAGGAGGUGUCCUUUUCUAUUCACUGGUAUUUAAAAUACUACCCGUGUCACAAUGAUUUCAACAAUAUUGAAGAAAUGUACGAGAGAACCGCUCUGAGUCGCGGGGAGGGCCUGGAUCCUAAUCCCCUCGGCCAAGGGGAGUACAUCGAGCACAUACACAGUCCCAUCAAAUGUGAUGAUGGACAGCGCUCCUUUCCAAUGCUCAAAAAAGCCAAGGCAGUGCCACAAACAGUCACUCUGCCGGUUGAGGGGGAAGUGCCUAUAAGAAAAGAUGAGAAAGACACCUGGUCGAUUAGAGAGGAGUACGACACCAGCAGCAAUGCCAACAAAAGCAGUGCAAAUAUCCAAGACAACGUCAUCGCCACAACAUGGAGGGACGGGCCUUACGUGCUGGUUGUAAAGAUUGUGUCCAGUAAACCGAAUGCCAACUGGAAUUUAACACUUGAUGUGAUGAUGAAAGGCAGCCAUGGCUACAUUUCAAUCACAGAAUGGCCUCUAAUGAUCUUCUACAUGGUGAUGUGCGUAGUGUACAUCUUCUACGCCCUGCUGUGGUUCAUCUGGGCAGCGUGCUACUGGAAGGAUCUGCUGAGGAUCCAGUUCUGGAUAGCUGGGGUCAUAUUCCUCGGCAUGGUGGAAAAAGCGGUCUUCUGUGCCGAGUAUGAAAAUACCAACGCUGUGGGCUCUGCUUCCCCGGGCCUGCUGAUCUUUGCCGAGCUGGUCUCUGCCCUCAAGAGGACUUUGGCUCGACUGCUCGUCAUCAUCGUCAGCCUCGGCUACGGCAUCGUGAAGCCUCGACUGGGGCAAGUAAUGCACCGAGUCGUUGGACUUGGAAUCCUCUACUUUUCCUUUGCUAGUAUUGAAGGUGUCCUGAGGAUUACUGGGAGUCGAGACAAUGGCCCCGCUCUCAUUACUGCAAUUGUUCUGGCUGUUUUUGACUCCUGCGCCAUCUGGUUCAUCUUUGUCAGCCUUGCACAAACCAUCAAGACUCUAAAGCUGAGGAAAAACCCUGUCAAGUUGUCUCUGUACAGGCACUUCACAAACACACUGAUAUUUGCUGUCAUUGCGUCCAUCAUUUUCAUGGGUUGGAUAGCAAAGAAAUUCCGGCUUGCAGAUUGCCAGUCUGACUGGAUUGAGCUGUGGGUGGAAGAUGCCUUCUGGAGGUUCUUAUUCUCCGUCAUUCUGUUCGUUAUCAUGUUUUUAUGGAGGCCGUCGGCAAACAACCAAAGGUAUGCUUUCACACCCCUCAUUGACGACUCUGACGAUGAGGAGAUUGAGGAAUUCGUGGCCUCUACAAACAUUGCGGAUGGCAUAAAGUUGAGAGCUUCUAAGAUUGAUGCCAAUGGUACAGUGAAGCCAGCAGAAAUAAAUCCAGAGGAAGACUUGAAGUGGGUGGAGGAUAACAUUCCGAGCUCUCUCACGGAUGUAGCUCUACCAGUCCUGCUCGACUCAGACGAGGAAAUCAUGACGACCAGAUAUGAGAUGUCGAAGCUGGAGUGAGGCAGAGCAUUGCCAGAGAAGAGGCAGAAGAUGGCAAACGUCUUUGACUCUGCGUCUGCAGCAGAGUUUUCUCCAGGAUCUCCGGGCGGGCGGAGGUGAUGACGGAGUGCUGUUAUUUUAUUUUAUUUUUUUAGGGCCCUUCACAUACAGCUUCUACUGCGCAGGGUGGUGCAGGUCACAAUUUAGGGGAGCUUUGCGAAUUUCCUCAACUACUCAAGAGAAAAGGACUCGACCAGAGGAAAACUGUCUUUUCACUGACCAAGUGGCUCACUGUUUUCCUGAUUGUGAUCAGUUUUGAGCCUUUCUUUCCAAAGAGGUGUUUUUUUCAUUUUCUAUGAAGUGCUGUAUUUAUUUCUAGAAUGUUCCUUUCUGUUAUCAGAGCGUUGUGGCCCUGAUGCUUGAACGUUCUUCUUGUGGGUAUCUCCAUGUUUUUGGUUUGUUUGUUGUUAUAAAACAAAAUGAUUAUUUAUGAUGGGAAACUAAUUUAAUGCAGUAAUGGUUUAUUUAAGAUAUUAGACAGGUGAACUUAAAUUUGUUUAUUAAUUAAUCCUAAACAGGAUUUUUAUAUAUAUAUAUAUAUAUAUAUACACACACUUUCCCACUGUAAUUAAAAUCUGAAAUGCAAAAAUCACAUUGAUCUAUACUUUAAAUAGAACAUUUCUCUUUUAAGCACUUUGAAGUUGAAAUCUUUGCCUACAUGUAGUUCCUGAAUGAGGCCUGCUAGUUGAACGCAUCCUCAGUAUCGGUGGAAAAGUGUUCGAGGGUGAACCACAACCUUCAGAAAUGUAAAAUUGGGUCAUAUGUACAAUCUUACGUUUUGUGUGUUCUAAAAUAAGGAGCAAUAUAACGUUUGUAUGUCGACAUGGAGUUCAAUAAAUUAAUUAUUUAUUUGUGUUUCAAGUGUACUUAUAAGUUGUUCCAGAGUGUGUUCAUGUUUACUCUUGUGUGUCUACGAUCCAUUCAGUUAGUUCAAUGACAAACUGCAGCUUGUUUUGUGUUGCUAUUCUUUAAAAAAUAUAAUUUUGAUGGUAUCACAGGCACUGUGAAGUCAUGUUUCAUGUCUUAAUAUUUUGUUUUCUGAAAUUGUCUGCCCACAUGGUUUUGUUAGUGUAGUUUCGGAAAAUGUAACAUUUUCAUUUUGAGUGAGUUUUACGGCCAAUCGACUGGGUUUAUAAUGUUAUUCAGUUUUUGUAUUUGUCGGAAAACUGGAAUGAUUGCGCUUUUGCUGGCAAAUUGUCUAGUAAUAUAAAACGACACCUGCACCUGGACCUUGAUUAUUUGUACAGAUGGGUAUUGCCUGAUUCCUGUUAUUGCGUAAUUCCACAGGUAGAGCUGUGUCUGGAUAAUAUGAGUCGUUUUUUCCUCUCGAGUGUCAUGAAGAACUGGGCUUAAAUGUUUCAUACCAGCAGUUUCCUUCAAUCUUCCUACUCAGGAAGGGUUCCCACUCAGUUUCAAUAUUAACACUUACACAGAAGACUGUUAGUUUCUUUGUCUGUGAUUUUCAGUAUUUGGAAAUAAAAAAUACAUAUUUUA